AUGACCGAGAGCCUGCAACCAGCAACACCGUUGGGUCCCAACAGAAGGUCAAAUCUCCAAACAAAAAGGCACAGCCCCCACAGAGAGACAAGGACACCAGCACAAACAAACCCUGGCACUCGGUCGGGCACCUCAAAAUUCAGAGACUCACAUAACAAGACUCGAACCAAGCUGGCACCACACCGCGAG